AUGGAGGAGCAACCCUCGCAGGGUACCAUGGAUGAAGGUGUGACGGAUGGUGAAACCCCUGCAGCUUAUGCUGCACCAACAUGCCAACCUGCAGCAUUGGCAUCUGUACCAUCAGUGAGUGCUGUUCUGUCUCCAGCCUUCCAGCUAGCUCCUCCAAUCAUCUUUCUGCAACCCUCAGAUCAGCACCAAAUUGCACUCCGGGGUGUCCAGCAUGCCAACCUGCAGCAACAACUCCAGGCCUUCUGGUCUGACAAACUCUCCGAGAUCAAUCAGACAACAAAGUUCAAUCUCAACGGUCUUCCCCUCAAAGGGAUAAAAAAGAUCAUGAAGACUGAUGCAGAUGUUCAGAGGAUCUCUGGUGAUGCACCGGUUCUUUUGGCCAAGGCUUGUGAGAUGUUCAUCCAGGAACUAACACUGCGGGCAUGGCAUCACACCAAACAAAACAAGAGGAGGACAUUGGAAAGGAAGGAUAUCUCUGUGGCAUUGGCUACGACUGAUGUCUUUGAUUUCCUGGUGGAUAUCAGUCCGUUGAACAAGCUGGAGCCAGAAGGCGCAGAGUUGCCGGCUGACCCUUUACUGCCGCCGCCUCCAGAGGUUAAGGUUGAUCUUAAGGGCAAUGGCAUGGGGUUGCUGAGGACGAAUUCUGUGCAGCCUAUUGUCCUGCAGGCAAAUGCUGCUGCUCUGCCGCUAGCACCACCACCGACAACGAACAAGGCGAUGCCAAACCUGCACCUGGAGAAUUUCAAGCCUGUGCAGAACUACAUGGGUUCAAGUCCUAGAACGAUUGAUCACAAUCAGGUGCCACUUUGCACAAUGGAUGUUGACUCAAGCCCCUUACCAGCGGCAGACAUGAGGGAUUGGUCUGAGCUUCCAUUCGAUGCUCUCUCCUCAAUUUUCAUGAAGCUUGGGACCAUUGAGAUCCUAAUGGUCGCUGGGUUUGUGUGCCACUCAUGGUUGGCAGCUGCAAAGGCACCUGAACUUUGGCGCUUCGUGGACAUGACGUGUCACAAGUUGGUUUUCUCAAAGCGUGUAGAUACAAUGUGUGACAUGGCAAAAGUGGCUAUAGAUCGCUCUGAGGGACAGAUGGAGUCAUUUUGGGCUCAGAAGUUUGUUACUUGUGAACUCUUGGAUUACAUUGUGAGUAGGGCCAAUUCAUUGAAGAGCAUUCGACUCAUUGGGUGCACAUUUAUUUGGAGCGAAUCGUUGGCAAGGUUGGCCGCUAUGUGUCCACUUUUAGAGGAAAUAGAGUGCUCACAUCAUAAAAUGCCAGCAGAACUUUUCAGAUAUCUUGGUAGUGUGAGGCCGCAGCUGAAGCGUCUAAGAAUCCAUAUGCAGUGGUUUGAUCAUGAUCAGAUGAUGCAUGAGUUAGGAAUGGGAAAUCGUCAAAAUGACGAGGAUGAUGAGGACGAAUGUGAGGAGCCAGAGGAAUCUGACGAGGCUUGGGAGGCAAGGCAAAAUAGGGAUGCCUUUGCCAUUGCAGAAAGCUUGCACGAGCUACGUCUUCUUCAGAUGGCAGGCAACAGCUUGACAAACAUAGGGGUCUAUGCCAUCCUUGAGGGGUGCCCCAACCUCGAAUGCCUUGACAUCUCCGCAUGCUACCAUGUUGAUGUCAAUGAUGAACUCAAAGCCCGUUGCGCCAGGCUUAAGCAUGUCUGGUUACCUAGUGAACGUACUUAUGUUCGCUGCCCGGAUCUUCGUGUCAUUGGAGAGCAUGAAGGAGAAGACUGUGGGCUCACAAUGCACGACCUGUGGGAAGCUGAGGUUGAGUCUCUGCGUGUCGAGGCAGAGAUGGACAACGAUGGUUCCUAUGGUGAAAUGUACUGGGAUGACUACUGA